CGGCCUGGUUGGGCGCUGGAAAAGGCCUCACUCAUCAAGCUUGGGGCUGGUCAAACUUAUUGCAGUUUUCGGUGAGUUCGCGGGGAAAUCUUUGGCGACGGAAAUUUUGGGCGCGGCGGGUGCUUUGCCUGGUUCUGAAAUUUCUCCAACACAAAAAAAAAGGGCACCCAACCACGGUUCUGCGAUUUUGAAUCACAUCUACCCACCUCGUACAGCAGACUGCUCGAAACAUAAUCGCCAGCAAAUUCAACAGCACACGAAAGAUGCAUCUCAUGUACACCGAAGACCCUGCUACCGGCAGGCGAAUCUACACGUUGAAAAAGGUCCUCGAUGGCACCGUCACAAAGUCCGCCCAUCCUGCGAGGUUUUCCCCAGACGACAAAUAUUCGAGACACCGAGUGACUCUGAAGAAGCGAUAUGGGUUGCUUUUGACGCAGCAGAAUAACGAAAAGAAAUGAUGGGUUUCUAUACAGGCGUUUUGGGAGUGCGGCGUCGUCGCGAAAGGGCCAGAGAAGGGGAAAAGACAUCCAGACAAGAUUUGGGGAUAUCAUUAUCAUACGGCGCAGUCAAUACACUCUUUGACAAGUUCAAGUCUCCUACCGCUUUCUCGAGUUGACAUUUCGACCAGCCCCUACCCUGGGCCGUCCCGCGGUAUGACCUCUGUCGCCUGACAGGAUGCCGGGCAGGAUAUCCUCAUCCAUCAGAUCCUUCUCUCUCCUGGUAUCCCUCUUCAUCUUCGCCAUGGCUCUUACGUACUCCUUCUGAUCUUCUGCCAAAAUCAGAUCAUUGCCCCAUCCGCUCUUACCUCCUCCCCCGUGCCUCGGCCCUUGCCAUUUCUGAUUUGCGCUCCCACUCGUGGGUUUGGGGACUGAAAAGACAUUGCCUUUGUUGUUCCAUUGCAUAUUCCUCUUCAGAUGCAGCUUCACUUCUCCUUUAUCAUUUGUUGUACACGUUACCCUGGUCAGUGAGGGUUUCCCGCACCGCGAGCAGAACUGUUUCGACAUGUCUUUGGUGGUGGAGAAACAUGCGUGACACCGCAGGAUGAAUUGCUUGAUCUGGGAGAUCCGUUGGCAGGUCUUGGUGGAGAUGAGGUUUAGGUUCAUUUGGAGGAGAACGUUUUGCAUGGCGAAGUCGCCGGUCAUGGUGGCUACCUGGAGAUGUUUGGGUGAAGAUUUAGACGCUCCGCUGCUGGCGGACUCGUCCUGGGCUUGUCGGCGUUUGAUGUUGGAAGGGGUGAUCCAUCCUUCGUCGGAGUCUGAGCCUUCGGACUCUAUUGGUUGUGUGGAUGA